AUGAGCGUCAACACAAACUUGGUGUUCUUACUCUACUACUUUGGGAAGAGAGUAGCUGAUUUCGUCCAGAUUUUUAUUGACGAUGACCAAGAUGAGAAGAAUUUAGAGGUGCUUGUUUGUGUAAGGCUCAUUUUUCUCAUCGGCGACACCAGCAUCAUAAUUAUUAUCCGUCGCCCGCAGCAUCAAGUGUUAAACAGAAUCAGCAACCCCAUUUUGGAUUUCAAACGAUAUCGGAUUGAAGCCAAUGACUUGAAAGCCAUUCAAACUCUUGGCUCACUUCCAAUUGGCGUUUUUAAUAUUCGUGAACAACUGAUAGCCCGCGUAGAACCUGUGGAUGCAUCAGUAACUCCAUCAUCAUCGCAGACUAGCGCAAUUCCGGCUAUUCAAUGGGGAGUGGAAAAAAUCGGUGCUCCUGCUGUCUGGGCGCGAACGAAGGGAGAAGGCAUUGUGGUUGCCAAUAUUGAUACUGGAGUUUUCGGGGGACAUGAAUCGUUGAGGGAUAACUAUGGAGGAAAAUGGUAUGAUGCUACUGGAGAAAGUAAUUUGACAACGCCAAACGAUGGCAAUCGUCACGGCACUUCUACAAUGGGAAUGCUUUGUGGUCGCCCCAAAGGAAUUGGUGUUGCACCAAACGUUAAAUGGAUCGCCUGUAAAGCAAUUGGAGCUAACGGCGGUGGAUCUGAAGGAAACAUGAAAAAAUGUGCACAAUGGAUUUUUCAACAGCGACCUCACGUUGUCAGUAAUAGUUGGGUUUUUGGCAGAGGAGCGACAAAUUUCAAUGAUAUCAUUUCGAGUUGGAGGGCUGUGGGCAUUAUCCCCGUCUUUGCGAUUGGUAACGAGGGAGAUCGAUGCAGGUCCGCAGGGUCACCCGGAGAUCAGACGAAUGUCAUCUCUGUUGGGUCCACCAGAAGUAAUGAUACCUUAUCUACGUUCAGUGCUCGUGGCUUUGCUGUGAACGGAGCAAUUAAGCCGGAGGUGACUGCCCCUGGGGAGGAAAUUUACACUGCAUGGUACUCUCAAAAUGAUAAGCCUUAUCUUUACUACGUAACUUCUGGAACGAGCAGUGCUACACCUCAUGUUGCGGGUGCAAUCGCCUUAAUGCUAUCGGCAAACCCAUCAUGGACAUUUGACCAAGUUUUCAAUGCUUUGACAAGAACGGCAGAUCGCCCUCCAGUGGAUGCCAAGGACCUAGCAUGUGGAAACACAACCACAUCAAAUUAUCCUAACAAUGGUUAUGGUUUCGGGCGAAUUAAUGUCCAAAGGGCUCUUGGAAUGUAG